UGCGAGGUGUGGUGCCCUCCUCCAGGUCGCCCUCUUAGUAAGGCGGCCCGUGCGCAGGUCGGGAUGGACCGCAGGAAUCUUGCGAACGAGCAGCUCCUCCGCCCACCCUCUUCUAUCCGCCCCGACGCCGCCGUCACAACCCUCCGGACCUCGAACAGCGGUGCAUCAGCCGUCGACGCCCCGGAAUACCUGCCAUUGGACACUCUCGAGCCGCCCCGUCGCAGCCGCACGCCCUCGCACGACUCACCAUGUCUACCUCCGUCGGUGUCAACGUCCUCCGAUGGUCCGCCCUGGCGACCGGCCUCUUCUACGGCGCCUACACCCAGCUGUCGAUAUCCGCGCGUGAGCGCGUCCAGGCCGAGCAGAAGGCGUACAGCAACAAGGAGUCGCUGAUCAGGCAAGCCAAGGCAGAGUGGGCCAAGACACAUCCCCAGGAGCAGCCCGCGGCCUCUGCCAAGGCGAACUCGCAGGACCCCAACGCCGACCUGAACGCCGUUCUCGGAAUCACAGAGAAAUGAGCGUGUGAGCCGUAGAGCGUGGAAUGUCUUUUCUUCUCCAUCAGCAUGGACGUAAUGGCCGCCCGACGGCAGCCAAGAGGCGCGCUGCGGAAAUCAGUCGAUAGUCGAUAGUCGGUGCGAGAUAUCAACCUCUUGUAUUGUGUACCAUCUGUACAGUAUAGACGGCGGUUGGUCGCGAUUUCAAUAUACAUGCUUACUUUCAGCU